AUGGCUUCAGGUGCUCCUCCACCACCCGUAGAGCUCCGUAACCUCAAUUUUGCCUUCACGGUGGACCAAUCGCAGCAGACGUCCAAUGCAAAUGUACCCAUUCGUAAUCCCGACCGUCGUGUCCUUCGUGACGUGACGCUAACGUUACCACCUGGUGAGCGGGUCCUUGUUGUGGGUGGCAAUGGCGCCGGGAAGAGCACGUUGCUCCGUAUUUUAGCUGGUCGUCACUUGACGGCUUUUGAUACGGCGCUCGUCUUUGGUCGCGAUAGUUUUCGGGACACGACACUUAACGCCCAUAGGACGUUCGUUAGUAGUGAGUGGGGCCAUCGUUCAGUCGCUUUCAUGUCGCAUGCCAUGGCCUACUCGGCUGAUAUGGCAGUAGCUGAGAUGAUGGUCCAACUCCAGACCGCGUAUGCCGAAAGACGGGAGAAGCUCCUCAAGGUACUUCGGGUGGACCCCACGUGGCGUCUCCAUCGAUUAUCAGAUGGACAGCGACGCCGGGUCCAGCUGUUUUUGGCGCUCUUGCGCCCGUCUCAGCUCAUUGUCCUCGACGAGAUCUUGGGCACGCUGGACAUUGUCGUGCGUGAAAACGUCCUGACGUUCUUGAAAGAAGAGACGGACACGAGACGGGCGACGGUCUUGCUGGCGACGCACAUUUUUGAUGGCACGGACGUCUGGGCCUCCACCGUGCUGUACAUUCGACGGGGUACAGUGGGUUUCUACGGCCCGAUUCAAGCGUGCUCAGACGAUCGGAAGGUACCGAUGUACAAGGUCGUGGAACACUGGCUGCGAGAAGAAUUGGCAGAAGAUGAUCGCGUUGAGAGCGAAGCGGUUGGCGAAGGUGGUCAACUAGACUUGGCCAACGCCCAGAAUCGUGCUGGCGGAUACGCGCCUGGACGCUUGGGCGGCGUUGACAUUGACACGUUGUAA